CAUGGAAAUCAAUUCUAUUAUAAAUUUGUUAUGAAUAGGAAUCGGAGGGAGUAACAAAGAUAACGAUUUGUUUUCAAGAGGGAUAAAAAACCGGCAAACUCUGGUUUGUAUUUUGUAUCAAAGGAAAAUUGCAGAAAUGAAUGGUUCAUAAUUCCAUACUCCAUUGACGAUCUCGAGAUUCUUUUUGUUUGUCUGGAGAUAUCAGAUACAGUUCGAGAGAGUUGUUAGUGAAGACGUUCGAUUCUCAUUUUGAUGGGGUUGUUGAUGAGUAAGGAACCGCCUCAACCGGUGGUUUUGGUGCCGCCGCUUUUCGAUUUUCCUCCGCUUGCCGCUCGAACUAGGAUGUUGGAAUCAUCGUAUGAUAUGUUAUUUGGAAAGCUUGCCUUGAAAAGUCUUUUUGAGGAUUACUUUGAUGAAGCCAGACAUUUUACAACUAGAAUUUUGCUAAAGCCUUUGGAUGAUCCUCAUGUAGAUUUGGUAGCAACUGUUUCUGGUCCUCUUGAUCACAAGUUAGGACAUGUAGCUAAUGCACAGUUCCGUUGGCAAAGUGAUGUUGAUGAUCCUCACACAUUUGUUGACUUAUCUGUUGGUAACACUGACCCGGUUUUACAGAUACGUUCUUGUGCUUAUUAUCCUAAAUAUGGAUUCGGAGCCUUUGGAAUCAUCCCACUAUUAUCAAAGAACAGGAUAUCAUCUGAAGACUUUGGUGUGAUGGGAUUGAGAUAUGGCACAGAAAAUCUUUCGUUUGGGAUGACUGUUGUUCCUAUCCAUAAGCCUGGUGAAUUUCCUAGAAGUGCUUGGUUUAUCAGCAAGAUGGGUAGAGUUACCGCUGGAGUUAAAUAUGAACCACUAUAUGGAUCCAAAGAAGAUUUCAAGCUGAAAAAUAUGAAGAACUGGAGCUGUGCAGUAGGCUAUGGAUUGGGCUCAGGGAGCCCACUAAGCCCUUCUUUCAACUUUUGUCUUGAACUUGCAAAUAGCUCUCAGUUUAUUGCCUCAUUCUACCAACACGUUGUUGUUCAAAGAAAGGUACAGAAUCCAUUUGAAGAAAAUGGAAUAAUUGGAAUCACAAAUUAUCUUGAUUUUGGUUUUGAGCUGAAGACAAGGUUGGAGGAUAACAAUGCAUCUGAUAAAUCUCAAGAUUCUACAUUUCAAGUAGCUGCAUCUUGGCAGGCAAACAAAAAUUUCUUAUUUAAGGGGAAGGCAGGACCUCUAAGUUCUACUUUGUCAUUGGCAUUCAAAUCAUGGUGGAAACCUUCAUUUACUUUUAGCAUUUCAGCUACUGCCGAGAAGACAUGGAAGUCAGAGAAAAAAAGGAUUUUGGGGUGAAGGGGUACUGGUUGAAAAUGAGUUUGUAAUCAUGAAUUUCUAGUGACCUUCCAUGGUUAUUAUGUGGUUUUACCAGUUAACUCGUACUAUGUACGCAUAGCAAAAAGGCUAUCCUGCUGAAGCUAGAGCAGUUGUGAACUUUCUUUCCAUUCACCCAGUUUUGAAAAAGACGCUAAAAUGUCAUCCAUUGAGAGCAACAUAUGUAUUUCACCAAGGUUUAAAUGGCUUUUUAUUAGUGAAUACAAAACAGUCCUGAAUUGGUAUUGAGUAGUUGCUAUUGCUUCCAUGUUUCAAAUGCUUAUGAAUAAUGAUCAUGUAAAGCUAGUGUUUCAAUCUGUACAUCAGCGCAUGAAAAUCUAGGAAGGAUUAGGUGGGACUUAUUGCAUCUUUUCAUCCCCUAGCUAUGUUGUACUUUUCAUUUCUCCGGAAUUUCGGAUCCUCAACUCUUCUUGUUGGAAGUAAUGUUUUGCUUCUCUGUACAGGAAAAUGGACAAUUUGACCAUUUGUAACCUCACAUUACCUUCUUAUACAAUUCAAUAUCAUCUUGUAUUCUGUGGUUGGUACGCUACAAGACACGUCAACAAAAUUGAUACUAGUUUAAAAAAUAUACACAUUGCAAAUACGCGUUUAGAUUGGGUUGAGUUUGGUUAAAUCAGUUGGGGUUGUUUUUUUUGAUGCUACAACAACGCCAAAGCCUUAAUCCUAGUCGACUAAUAACCAAUAGAUCAAAUGGCUAUAAGCCAAUUUUUUUAAAAGCAUUUCUUUUUUUUUUUUUUUUUGAAUGCCUUGCUUUGAAUUCUGUCUUUUAAAGGCUCUAUUAGCUACGCAUUAACAUGACUAUGAGAUUUGUUUUGGCGUUAUUUGGGGUUCAUACUUUGUCAUAUUUCGGUAUUCUGUCGCUGAUAUUUAGCUCAUUGUGAUUAAUAUCAAUGUUAACCCAUUUAUUUUUU